AUCACACUCUAAAAUGCAAAAUUCAACUUCAACCUCUUUUUUAGGCCAAAUCUUUUGAAAGUCCAAAUUAUUCUCCUCAAUUCCAUUCCAUAACCAAAAACCUCCGUUAAAAACUAAAUAUGAAUAUGAAAACCUCCAUCAAAACCUUCAUCUAUGAAAACACCAACACCAACACCAACACCAACCGUUUUGUCAAAUCAACUUUAAUUUUAUGUUCAUUAUUUUUACUUUCUAUUUUUGCUCUCCUAAUCACUUUCUCUUCUCUCCCUUAUUCCCACUCUUCUUUUUUCUCAUCACCCUCUUCUUGCUGCAAUCUCUCCGACCCGGACCCAGGCCCGACACUACUAACUCACAUCCAAUUCGGGCUUGGCGGGUCUUCCAAAACAUGGGAAACCCGGCAAGCAUAUUCCCAACUCUGGUGGGUCCCAAACAAAACCCGAGGGUUUAUCUGGUUAGACGACGAUCCACCACCACCACCAAAACCCAUCAAACAAAACCCGAACCUCCCCCCUAUUCGGAUCUCGGGUCGGCGUAGGAUAAAACCCGGGUCGAGUAAAAACCACCAGGAUUCUGAUCGGAUAGCCCGGAUAAUAACGGAUAGUUUCGAUCAAAAAUUACCCGGAAUAAAAUGGUUUGUAAUGGGAGAUGAUGAUACGGUAUUUUUUACAGAGAAUUUGGUGAAUGUAUUGUCAAAAUAUGAUUACAGAGAGAUGUUUUAUAUCGGGGCUCCGAGUGAGAGUGUGGAGCAGGAUGUAAUGCACGGGUAUGAAACCGGGUUUGGUGGUGGCGGGUUUGCAAUAAGUUAUGGGUUAGCUUGGGAAUUAGUGAAGAUUAUGGAUGGUUGUAUUGAGAGAUACCAUCAUUUUUAUGGGUCUGAUGAGAAAGUUUCUGCUUGUGUUGCUGAACUUGGUGUUCCUCUUACUAAACAACCUGGCUUUCAUCAGUUGGACAUUAGAGGAGACCCCUACGGUCUCCUGGCCGCGCAUCCUGUGGCUCCCUUGGUGUCAUUGCACCAUCUUGUCAAUGCAAAGCCAUUGUUUCCGGGUGAAAACCAAUUGGACUCUAUUAAAAGGCUCAUACGCGCAUACCAUGUUGAUCCUGGCCUCACCCUCCAACAGAGUUUUUGCUAUGAUCGUAAACAUAAAUGGUCAAUAUCCAUUUCUUGGGGCUACACCGCGCAGUUAUAUCCAUCCCUACUUCCACCGAAAGUCCUCAGUAUGCCUCUUCAAACGUUUCAUACUUGGCGUAGUGGGAGUGAUGGCCCCUUCGUGUUCAAUACCCGCGCCAUGAAGGAUGAUCCAUGUGAAUGGCCUAUAAUUUUUUACUUCAAGCAAGUCAAGGGUAUUGGUGAUGGUAAGACUAUAAGUACUUAUAAGAGGGUCGCACCUGCCGAUGGUAAAGAAUGUCUGCAACCAGCGUACAAGCUCGCAAUGUCGGUGGAGCAAAUGACAGUGUCUGCAUCAAAGACGGCCCCUGAUAAGUGGAAGAAGGCAUUGCGCAGGGAGUGCUGCGAGAUUCAGAACAAAUUGGCCACUGACAAGAACAUGACUAUAACAAUUAGAAGCUGUAAGCCAAGGGAAUCCAUUUAUAUAUGAAGUCUGAACCAGACCUGUGCACACGACAAUAUCUGCCCCCAUUGCACAAGUAUAAUAUUCAUGCCGUGCAUAGUGCAAGGUAACAGUCGCAAUCACGGUAACGAGAGUGAUGGUCUUAAUGUCAACUCGAAGAGAACCCAGGAGCAGGAUACUGCAAUAUAUGCUAUAAUACGCCUGUUGUUGCAAUGUGCUGCCCAAUUUUGUGUGUUUAUUAAUCUAAUUAGUUGUGCAUAGGGAUGUUCAACGGGCCGGACUUAUGUAAAUAUGGGCCGGAUUGGAUAAGGGUCGUUUAAACUUAAUAUGGACUGGGCUUUGAAAGUCCAACCCGGUUCUUUAUUUUGUAAGAUCUAUUCAAUUAUUGAUUCGCAAGCUUCGUAAAUUGCUCGCAUCGGUUCUUUAUUUUGCCCGCUCAAAAAAGCUCGUGCAUCAAUUUUUGUAGUAGCAAAAUCAAAAGGCAGUUAUAUUGUAAUGUAACGUAAAUCGGGAUUUUCAUAACAAAAUUGUACUUCCUCCAUGUAUUCAUAGUUGCUAUAUUUGCAUAUUAGUCACUAUUUAUGAUUGUGCUAUUAUUGUUCUUUAGUCCUUGAAAUUCAGUUGUAAUAACUCUUUAGCAAUAAAUUACUUAGAGUUCUCUGUAUCUAUUUUAAUAGUUAAAAACAAUUACCUCAUUUAUGUGCUCUUUCAUGUAUAUUUAUAGUCCAUCAUUAUCUAUGUAAAACAUUCCUUCUAUUGUUUCAUCAAUCCCCGAAAUUCCUUUACAUGCCACUGCUGUUGUCCUCAACGUGUCAAGUUCUCCUUUACUUUGGUGAUUUUUCCUUUAUUUUAUAUAGCGUUCUUUGCUUCUUUUAUUAACAUGUGUCCCACUAGCUUAUAUAACGACCUUUUAUAAUGGACAAGUGUCUUCCAAUCGCACGUGACCUUCCCAUGAACUAAUACUCCUAAUGCUCAUUCAAUAUUUCUCCAAUCCUCCUAAAUAAAGGCUGUCAGAUUACCUUCUAAUCUUAUUAAUUUCUCCCAGAUUAGCACUAAUGUAAUCCUCCCAGAUAUCUUUCUGCAAGAAUUACUUA